CCCCUUCUGUCACCCGAAUUCCUGGGUCUCUGCAAACGGGCUGGCCCAAAUGAGCCCGCCCACUUCUCCUGGACACUCCCUCUCCCCAUCAUUGGCUAGCCGCUUUCUUCGGAGGAAUUUAAAAAGAGAAAUAAGGUUCUUCAGCUCAGGAAGCCAGAAGACUGCCGGACGCACCUGCCCUCCUGCUGACAUGCCGAUCUUCCGAGCGAUGGCUUCUUACGGCCUCCUACUCUUCUUUCUCCAAGUCAACCUUCCCUCCGGCCGAAGCCGGCAAGUGCUUAAAAACGAUGCCGCGGAGUUCAUCCCAGAUUUUCUGGACAAGACCUUUGGGGCAGCGGAGCAGCCAGCGCAAGCGGCGUUUGCGUACAACGAGACUGAAAUCACCAGCAACCGAGCCCAGCAAGGGCGGAAUUCCCAGGUUUCUUCGGGAAGGAUGGAACCCCUGCAGUUUGGCUGCCGUGAAGUCUAUUCCACCCGCUACAUCACCAGUGGCCCUUGCCGCAGCACCAAGCCGAUUAAGGAGCUCGUAUGUUCUGGCCAAUGCUUGCCAACUCAUCUCCUCCCCAAUUCAAUUGGCAAGGGGAAAUGGUGGAGGCAGCGUGCCAUGGAUUACCGCUGCAUCCCGGCGCAAGGUCAAUUCCAACGUAUCCAGUUAACCUGCCCUGGUGAGGAUAUUCAGUUUAUCAAGUCCAGAAUCAUCACUUCCUGCAAAUGCAAGAGAUACACUCGCUAUCACAAUCGCUCUCAGCUCAAGGAUUUCAGCAAGGAGACCACUCGUCCUCAGAAAAACAAAAAACCUCGGGUCCCCAGGGCCAGGGGCAGCAAGACCAACCAGGUGGAGCUGGAGAAUUCCUUCUAGAUGGAGGCUGUUGGUGAGACCUCAGCCCAGAAGAGUAGAGAUUUUUGCUUCACCCACCCUCUCUUUUUGAUGGCGCUGGAAUCAAAAUGGGACUGAGCGAAGGGAGGGACAUGGCCAUCAUGGCUGCUUUCCCAACCAGAGGUUCAAAAUUGGUGUGGCUGAAAGCUACCAGCUUUGGAUGAGAGCUCCAAGGGGGAGGGAAGAAUUCAAAUUGAGCAGAUGGUAGCAGUUCUCAGUCUGAGAGAGGAGUGAGUCAGAGAUUAGAGAGGGUUGCAUUGUCUAUAACAUUGAAGGGGGAGGCAAGCUCUGUGCACUACUACUUUUUUUUUCAAGACUUCUUUGUCCUUCCUUAAUGGACAAAGGAUUAGCAUCUCUCUAGCAAAAUGGCCAGGUGUUUGUGUCGAAUAAUCCAACCUUACCAGAUCACUGUCUUUACAACAGAUUUACCCAGUCAGGUGCCCUCCAGUCGUGUUGGGAUUACAUCUCUCAGAAUUCCUUUUCUGAAGUUGCUGAUAUGGUAUCUACCAAAUACAGGGUGGAGUGGGCAGUUUAAUACUUUGCCAUCCUGACCCUUUCUUUCUUUCUGGGGCUGUCUGUGAUGGAUGGUUUCCUAUUGUGCUGCAGCAUUGCUUGAAAUAUACACAGUGUACACAUAGUGUCUUAUGUGGCUGAUCUGUACAGACAGCUAACUUUACUGAGGCAUAUAAAGGUGUGUGUGUGUGUGAGAGAGAGAGAGUGAGUAAGAGAGAGAGAGAGAAAUUGGGGGAAGAGAAAUAAAGGGAGGGAAUUCAAAGAAGCUUAAAUGGAAAAAAUAUCUGGAAAGAUGACCAUCUUUAAAUUAGCAGCAAUCAUUGAUGAAAGCCGAGCAGGAUGAAAGAAGCCAAGAGAAUUCUUCCUAAAAAUAAUAUGAGUAUGCUCAAUACCAUCUCUGUGUGGUGAGAUAUCCGGAUACUUCUGGACAUCAUUCCUGAAUUUAAAGCUGGGCAUGUGCAAAUUUCAAUAUGGGAGUGGGAGGAACAUAAAGGCAUUAAUACAAUCUCUUGGGAUUUAAUAUGAGACAAAGCUCUGCUGUGGUCAACCGAAGUGGGCCUGCAGCAUGCACAAAAUGGUUACUUCAUUCUUCCAAUCUCUAUUCUGUAUACCAAUCCUUGACUCUAUGCAACUUUGGGGAAUGUAAAUUGCUCAAAACACUCCAUGCAUUUAUAGCUAAGUUCCAGUAAUGGUCACUGUACUAUCUAUACUGAUCCAUCUCCCCUUCU